UUAAUGAAUUAAAAUGUCCUGAGUCCAGUUGAGUGACUGAAUAGGCUACUUUUUCAUUUAUAAGGAGAGACAAGAGAAAACUUGAGAGAAGAGGACAAUCCAACUUCUACAUGAACUCGAGAACCAUCACACCUCGAGAUGCAACGGGGGACAUUGCAACUAUUUUAUUACAUAAUAACUCUGUAACAUUCAACCGGAACCGGUACCGACUGACACUUCAGUCUCAGAGCAACCAUUGAUUUGUCUUUGGUAAAUUCGGGAUUAGAUAAAUAGGCUACAGAAACUUGUUGAUUUGAACGUUUUUGUAAUAAUUGUUUUAUUGUUAGGCAUAUUAGAAUUAGAAUGGCAAUAUCUAGAACUACAAUCAGGAUCGAAAUCUGUAGACAAUGAAAGUUGCAGGUCUCGUGAUAAUGCGUGCGAGAGAACGGUCAACAAGUGCGCAUUGCUCCAAUCCAUGAGGUCGCACUGAUCAACUAAAAAGGCAACAAAUAGGCUAAUUGAUCAUAAUAUACAUUUUUUAAAUGGUUUUUGGGGGAUAAAAACACUUUUUAAAGUCUCAAAAUUGCAUUCAACAAUUGCAACAAAAGCUGCAGCCAUGACAUCGGCCACUCCCCCCUCCUCGCGCAGCUCCUCCCCCCAGAAGGAGUGUCACUCCAUGACGGUUCUGAAGCCGCUGCUGGGGGCAGGGGGGGCAGGGGGGGCAGCAACGGCGGUCUGCGCGCUCCGACGGAGACGGCGCGUUCUCUCCAAGGACGGGCACAGCAACGUGCGCAUUGAGCAUGUGAGCGGGCGUGGGGCGAUGUACCUGCGUGACAUCUGGACGACCUUCCUGGACAUGCAGUGGCGCUACAAGCUCUUCCUGUUCUCGGCCACCUUCGCUGGGACCUGGUUCCUGUUCGGGGUUCUGUGGUACCUGGUGGCGCUGGUGCACGGAGACCUGCUAGAGUUUGACCCUCCAUCCAACCACACCCCGUGUGUGAUGCAGGUGCAGACUCUGACGGGGGCGUUCCUCUUCUCACUGGAGUCGCAGACCACCAUUGGCUACGGCUUCCGUUGCAUCACAGAGGAAUGUCCCGCCGCCAUCAUCCUCCUCAUCCUCCAGCUGGUCAUCACCAUGGUGCUGGAGAUCUUCAUCACUGGAACCUUCCUCGCCAAGGUGGCGCGGCCCAAGAAGAGAGGAGAGACAGUGAAGUUCAGCCAGUACGCCGUGGUGUCCAAUCACGAGGGCCGACCCUGCCUCAUGAUCCGUGUGGCUAACAUGCGCAAGAGCCUGCUGCUGGGCUGCUCGGUGACGGGGAAGUUGCUCCAGACGUCCCAGACCAAGGAGGGGGAGACGGUGCGUCUGGACCAGAGGAACGUUCCCUUCCAGGUGGACACGUCCAGCGACAGCCCCUUCCUCAUCCUCCCCCUCACCUUCUACCACAUCAUAGACGACAGCAGCCCGCUCAGAGCCUGGGCUACCAAGGGAGGGGGAUGGAUGGAUCCGGAUCUGGCAGACUUUGAGCUGCUGGUGAUCAUGAGUGCCACGGUGGAGCCCACCUCCGCCACCUGCCAGGUGCGCACAUCCUACCUGCCUGACGAGAUCCUGUGGGGGUACGAGUUCCCCCCCGUGGUCUCCCUGUCCCCGUCUGGGAAGUAUGUGGCCGACUUCGCCUUCUUCGACAAGGUGGACAAAACUAAGACCCCGCCCCUCUUCAAACAGGCCCCGCCCCCAAGCCCGGCCAUGCACUCGUCCCGCAGCAGCAGAGGGGGCGCGGAGGAAGGGGCGGACCCGGAGAAGAUGAAACUAGAGGAGAGCUAUCGAGGGGAGGAGAGGGGGAGGGGCAGGGGGAGGGGGAGGGGGAGAGAUAGUAGCCCCCUCAGUGUCCGUAUCAGUAAUGUUUAGAGAGAGGAUGGAGGGAGAGAGAGAGGGAGGAUGGAGGGAGAGAGAGCAAGCAUGAAUGAGAUGGAAGGAGAAAAGAGAGGAGAUCUGUAUGGAGACUGAUAAAUGAUCAAGUGAGAAUAAAGAGUUGAUGAAAGAGAGACGAGCUGCUCCCCUGUUGGGAAAUGUGAACACACACACACACACACACUCUUUUUUGGACUUGAUGCGUAUGUAUCGCCCCCUUGUGGUUGGUAAGGAUUCAACAAGUGAUAACCUUCAAAGGGAUAAAAUACAUCCCAUCUGUGUCUACUGUCCUGUAAUCAAAGAUGGACUAAGGAAGCUUUUUAAACUUCAUUUGUCUGUAUUUUUUAUGAGAGGACUGGAAAGGUCAAGGUUGAUUGGUUUACCGGGACAAAACAUGGUUUACGAGGACAUAAUCACAGAACCAUGCAGUGGAGGCUGCUGAGGGGAGGACGGCUCAUAAUAUUGGCUGUAAUGGAGUAAACCAUGUGUUUGAUGUAUGU